UUUAUAUUUUCAAAAUCAUUUUUAUUGUAGUAUUAGCAGUUUUCUGGUCUUGUAUUGAAGUAUAAUAUAUUUUUAAACUAUGAUUUUAUACUUUUUAUUAUUUUAUUUACUCAAUGAGUCUGUGGCUUCAAGUUGUUCAAACCAAUCAACAAGUUCUAAUUUUUCUAAACAAGUAAUGUGCUAUUUCAAAGGACAUAUGGAUGAAUCUGAUAUUACUUUACUUGAUCUAGAUCCCAAAAAAAUACCAAGUGAAUGUGAAGUAAUAAUUUAUACACGAUUUCAAAUCAACGAAUUGUCUCGAUUAGAUGUAGAUGAAGAACUCCUCAAAAAUGUGACAGAUACAAAUAAACCCGUAAUCGUAAGACUUUUUCGAACAAAUUGGUAUGAUGAUUGGUCUACAGUAUUGAGUUCUAACGGUAAUUCUAAAGAUGCCAAGAUCUUAUGUGAUUUUGCAAAAAAAAAUAAAAUUAAAGGUUAUCUCAUAAAAUCGAUUGCUCCACAAGAAACUUCAGUAUGUAUUCUACGUGUUAUUAUUAAUUAGGGACAUCCAAACAUUUUCGGCUGUGAUCUACUAAUUUUUGUGUUUGUAGCCUAAAACUAAUUCUAACACGAUUGAUUUUAAAAUCAUUUGCGAUCGACCGGUUGAUCGUAAUCGACUGUUUGGCCACCUCUGUUAUAAAACAACCAUCAUAUAAAUAUAGUAUUAUUUGUUGUUACACUUAAGAUUGAAUUAAUUAAAAGGUAGUAUAACGAAUAUUUAUUUCAAACUCGUUACAUUGACAUAAAUUUCACACUAACUGUGUAUAGACAAAUAGAUCACAGAAACACAGAAAAUAAACGAAUAUUUUAUUUAUUUUGUUUAGCUGUCGAGUUUUGAAUAGCAAAGUAAUUACUGGAGUAUAGCAGUCAUAUUUUUUUUUUUUUUUAGAUGAUAAUUUUACUAAAAUUGUCUU